GUUAACGUUUGAAGCAACUGCCGUAACAGCAGGAACAUCCGAUGACGUAUCAUCGUUAGCUGAACUUGCCUAGUUAAGCUUCAUGUUGGGUGGAGUUUCCCACUUUCCACCAAAGCAAUGACUGCUUUCUCUCCCUACUCUCAAUUCUCUUCCUCCCCAGUUCCUUCUUUCCCCUCACCCUCUAAGAACUCAACUUUCUGCUCCCCCUUCAAUGGAAACACCAAGCAAUUCUCCUUCUCCAGAGGCACCACCACCCUCUUGCAGCUUCAGUCUCGGAUAAUUCUGCUGCGCUCUUCUUCAAAGGACCCGGCCUCAAGUGACAACUUACCCAGUAACUUUUGUAUUAUUGAGGGGCCAGAGACGGUUCAGGAUUUUGUUCAGAUGCAGCUGCAGGAAAUUCAAGGCAACAUUAAGAGCAGGCGAAAUAAAAUCUUUCUUCUCAUGGAAGAGGUGAGGAGAUUGCGUGUGCAGCAGCGAUUAAGAGGUGAACGAAGAGUUAUUAGUGAAGAGGGAGAGGAGGAAGCAAAUGAGAUGCCGGAAAUUCCAUCAUCAAUUCCUUUUCUUCCUAGUGUGACGCCCAAGACUUUGAAGAAGCUCUACCUAACAAGCAUUUCAUUCAUCUCUGCAGUAAUAGUAUUUGGUGGGCUUAUUGCACCAACGCUGGAGCUAAAAUUAGGAAUAGGCGGUACCUCAUAUGAAGAUUUCAUCAGAAGCCUGCAUUUACCUUUACAACUAAGUCAGGUCGACCCAAUUGUGGCGUCUUUUUCAGGCGGAGCUGUCGGCGUGAUUUCAGUUUUGAUGUUAAUUGAGGCUAAUAAUGUUAAGAAACAAGAGAAAACAAUGUGCAAGUAUUGCCUCGGAACCGGAUACUUGGCCUGUGCUAGGUGCUCAACAAGUGGUGUAUGCUUGGACAUUGAUCCUAUUUCUGUAUCCAGUGCUUCUGUUAGACCUCUUCAAGUUCCUAAGACUAGAAGGUGUCCAAAUUGUUCUGGUGCGGGAAAGGUUAUGUGCCCAACCUGCCUUUGCACUGGGAUGAAGAUGGCAAGCGAACAUGACCUACGGAUUGAUCCAUUUCUCUAACUAUUCACAUGAUUUGAGGACUUGUAAUUAGUUGCUCCAAAUGUGUUAUUGUUUUUAAAUCCCUUCUCCAAGUUUAGCAUUAAUCAACCCCGUGGAUGUUAACCACCACAUACUAUUAAGUAUUAAUUCUCAUGAAACCACAUGUUACUUUUUUGUUAUGAUA